CAGCAUCCACCUGCAGCGCGUGCUCUCGCCUGUCCAGCAGUCUGGUCCAGAGAUGGAGGAGCAGAGGGAGGCAGGAGGAGGUGCAGAGUCUCAGGAGAGAGGAGGAGGCGUGCGCUUCAUCACGGAGGAGCUGCUGCUGAGGCUGACGGGCUGUCCGUCUCUGUCUCUGGUCCGGUCCCUGAAUCUGUCCUCAGCUGGAGACAAACGGAUCAAGUUCAUCGAGAACCUUCACGGCUGUCAGCGGCUGCAGGUUUUAAACUUGAACAACAACUUGAUCCGGAGGAUGGAGAGACUGAACGCUCUGACUCAGCUGAGAGAGCUGCAGCUGAGUCACAACAACAUCCA